CGCUGCUUUUCGAAACGCAGAAAACAUGAUGAUGGUGGCUCAAGAAAGACGCGCGAUUAUCCCAGCGCUUAUCCUCUCCGUUAUAUACCGCUGCUUUGAUUCGUCUUUGGCUUGAGUCUGCCCACACAGAAGGGCCGAGUCUGCCCACACAGAAGGGCCGAACUCAUUGUCCGAACCAAUGGAGGCUCAACGUGUUCUCAUUUCUAUACUCAGUUAAUCAGGAUUAUUCUCAUAAUUGGAUCAGUUUUCGCAUGCAUAUCGUACAGUAUAUAUGGAGGAGAAAAUCGCAUCUUUUCAUUCCAUUGGCCCAGUGUAACAUCAUGGACGGUGAAACCGAGCAGCCUCGUCGUAUUGCUCUAUUCUCCCACCCUCGCACCAACUCCAAUAUGUUUACAAAGCUCUUCGCGAGCCAGCCGGAUAUUGUGCAACAUACAUAUCCCUUCAUGCCUGGCUACAUGUGGGGGCCAGACCGACGACUAGGUUAUAAAUCGAAGGAGGUAGAAGACAUGUAUGCAACUUUGAAGAGCAACUAUGACACCCUUACCACCCAGCAAAGUCUGGAUGACUUGCAACGAGCAUUUGGAGAAACGGAGGCCCAGGGAAAGAUCCCUUUGACCAAGGAACAUGUAUGCUUCAUGAUCCAUCCCAAGGUUAUUGCCAAGGAUCUGGCGGAAUAUUCAUACCCAGAGUAUCCUCUUAAGCCCCUGGUUGAUCAUAAAUACGACACUGAUUCUCCUUCGGCCCUUGAGAAUGCAGAUACGGCCAUCCUCACGAACCCCACAUUUGUCCCUGAUCGUUUCAUGAACACCCUCACUCCCAUAUUUAUCAUCCGCAAUCCAAUUCGUAUGAUCCCUUCUUGGUACAAAAACACCUCCGAGAACUUUGGUGCGACGACAAAGGAAAGCGAAUGGCCGUUCACUGCAACUUUUCAUUGGUGUCGCAUUCUUUACGAUUACUACGACAAUUACUUCAAAGCUCAUCCACGGCCAGGAUACCCGAUUCUUCCUUUAGUUGUUGAUGGGGACGAUUUGGUGCUUCACACUGAGGACAUCAUGACACAGUUGUGUGAUCACAUCCAUUUAGAUUCCAGCGCGGUCAAGUAUACGUGGGAGAGCGGUGACCCGUAUAGCUCCUGGCCUGCUGCUGCUGCUCCUGAUGAUUUGAAGACUCCUGCCGUCAAAAAAGUCAUUGAUGCUUUCGGUGGUAACGUUGCUCGAUCUACUGGUGUAAUUAGAGAUGCUGAGUAAACCUCUCAAUCUUGACGAAGAGGGAAAUAAGUGGGCGGAUAUCUGGGGAAAGGAGGUUGCAGAUGAUCUAGUUGAAAGCGUGAAGAAGGCAAUGGUGGAUUAUGAUUAUAUGUUGCAAAGACGUAUCCGGCCCACUAAGAAC